AAUAAUCAUUCUUAAAAAAUAUCUAUGGACCAGAUCAGCGCGGGGCUUGGCAGGGCGGGAUUAAUGUAAACGCCUCUUUAGUAGAUUACACUUGAUAAAUGUUUUCAGGCUAGUCCAACUAUAAAGAAAGGUGAACCCGCCUUCUUAGAAGAUCUCCGUGCCGGAUCCAGGAUCGUAGGCGGCUGGCCGGCGGCAUAUAAGCAGAUCCCGUAUCAAAUCAGCUUGCGCAUGAUAAAUUCCCUUGGCGGAGUAACCUCAUGCGGUGGCUCCAUCAUACACCACAAUUGGGUGAUCACAGCCGCACAUUGCGUCGCCAACCGACAUACAUUCGUUAUACGUUACGGUCUAACCAAUCUUACGAAGCCUGAAAUCAUACUGGAAACGACACGCAAGUACAUUCAUCCAAGGUACAUUGAAAUUCAAGCUGGCGUUCAGACAGAUGACAUAGCACUUCUCGGCGUUGAUCAGCAUGUACCUUACAGCCGUUUAAUUCAGCCAAGUCGUCUUCAGAAUUCUGGAAGAAAGGAUGAAAGCUAUCUAGGAGUUAGACUCGUUGUCAGCGGCUACGGCCGUACAGAUGAUCUCUGGAACGGUGGCGCUGCUUCUGAGAUCCUGCUAUGGACCCAUCUUCGGGGCAUCACAAACGCUGAGUGUCGCGCGUGGUACAACAACAGCCCUAUUAUCCAGGCACAAACUGUUUGCGCGGAGUAUUACAAUCAUACUUCUCAAUCUUCUUGCCAGGGUGAUAGCGGUGGCCCACUAACGUUAGUGGACACAGACGGACAGACCACAAUGAUAGGAAUAGUCAGCUUCGGCUCAAGCGCUGGUUGCAAUAGUCCCUUCCCUUCAGCAUACGUACGUCCGGAUCACUAUCAUGAUUGGUACGUUGAAGUGACUGGCAUGAGUUUCGACUGGAACAGCGAUGAUAUUCUCCCGCCAAAACCUGAAGAGCUCGAAGGACCUUCUGAAGAUUAAGCAUAGAGUGGAAGAAUUCAUAAACAAAACACAUAUUUAAAUAAUAAUGCUAGAUAUACGAGAGCAUCAAUAAAUAAAUCUAAUAAACAAAAGGUUUUUGUAAAUUCUUUAAAAACCCUUUUCAUAUUUAUUUUGAUAAGCAAAUAAUUUACACAACAUGGAUAUAUUACUACGAUUCAAUGUAAUGUCUGAAUCGAAGAUUCGAAUGA